AACGGGUCAUGAGCAUGGGUGUCGUCAUUGUUCCACAUACCCGGUGUGAACGCUAUUUAUAUGCACAGCUCAUGUUUAACCUACCAUCAUGCCUCACUACCUAAUCUCCCAUAUUAGUCGGACCUCUAUACUUCAGCUUUUCCUCACAAGAGCUUCCUCCGUAACACCGAUCAACGGCUUCGCAACUUGACAGACCAGAAGAAUACACGAAGACACUCAGAAUUCACAAUGUCCGAGAAGUACACGAUGAAGCAAACUGGGAGCGGAGGUAUGUCUGGAAGUGUGCAGACACCAGCCAAUGCGCACCUGGGGCAGGACAAGCCCAAGGCAUUCGACGCUGCUGGCGCAAUUGGCCAUCAAUUUACCGAGGACGGUGCGAUUGGAGGCACGGCACAGAAGAUCGGAGGGCCUCUUGACAAGGACGGAGCUAUCGGCAAGCAGUUCACCACGGAGGGAAGUAUCGGCGGUGCGGUGCAGGAUAAGCUGGGGGGGACAGCUAGCAAGAGUAAUUAGAUUUACCUGCUUCAUAAUAGUACUGUAAUAUGCAAAUAUUAAUACCGAAGGAUCUGCCUGCUGCAAGAUAUAAUAUCGCGACAGAAUUGCG